CAUUGGGUGUUGGACGCUAGAGCGGGAUUGACGUUUAUUUCAAAGGGUAGUCUACGGGAAAUUUGGGUACAAUACUGCCCUCUACUGUUCAUAGAAAGAGUCAGCACAGUUUUACGCAUUAAGAAAUUGUCUGCGUACUGUAGGCUGUGUGAAACGCACCGUCCACACUGUAUGUUCUGCUGACUUCAACAACAUGGCGCUGCGUGGACUGAACAUUUGUGUCCGAUUAAUGCGUGAUUCUCCAAGAAAAGGAAUACUUCAGAGUUCGCCCCGAGUGGGGUGUUUGGGAUGUCAAAUUGGAGCAAAACGGCAUCUCUUGUCUGAAGAUGUUGUGAAGCUGCAAGAUUUUCAACAGAGGAAACUUGCCGUGGCCCACCAGGUUUCAGGAGCAAAAAGCGACUACUUUGAGAACGUGAGUCAGAAACUGCAGAAGAACGAGUUAAUUCUGAAGGACGAACUGAAGCUGCUGCUGCACUUGUGCCAGUCGGCCGAUGACAUGGUCACGGCCAAGAGCGCCAUAUACAGGUAUCAUGAGGAGAAUAGAAAUGUGUCAUUUGGGGACUUUAAAUUUGGUCCCCUGUUCAUGAGACUCUGCUAUGAACUCGGCCUGGAGGACAUGGCAGCGACGACUGUAACUGACAAGACACUCAAAGGAUUCUUCUCAGAUUCCACGUCAUUCAACAUUGCCAUUGACAUGCUGUUUAUGAAAGAAUGCUAUGACGGUGCCUUAGAGGUUGUGGCAGAGAUGAGAAAACAGGGUGUGACCUUCAAUAAAGACACCCACACGUUAGCUUGUGCCACCUGUUACAAGCUGAAUACUCCAAAGUCUUACAGAGUCUGCAUGGUCCUGCUGGAGGAGGGACAGCUCAAAGGUCACAUGAUACCCAGGCACGCAUACUGCUUCGCUGCUGCUCUUGCCAUCAAACAGAAUGACUUGGAAAAAGCCAAGAAAUUUUACUCUCAAAUCAUGAACACAGAAAGCAAACUAUGCAUGAAUCUAAAUGUGUGGAUCUUGGCAAUGGAGGGAUCCAUAAGAGACGCCGUUGCUAUCCUUAACACGUCCAUCCUCCCCAACACUCCCACCUUCGUCAAGAGGCCUGAAUUUAGCCAGGAAGUGCUGGAGGAGCUGCAGAGGCAGAGUGUGGACGGGACGUGGGCGGUGCAGGUGGAGCGGGUGGUGGCACGGCUGCAGAAGGCCGGGCAGGUGACGGUGCAGAGUCUGGACGCCAUGCUGUGCCACACGCCCAAGGGCAAGAGGAGGACGAUGCCCAUGCUGGAGGAGAGAAAGACCAGCCGCAGGACACUCAGGCCGCUGCGCUCUACACUGCUGUCUGAGUAACACACACACACACACACACACACACACACACACACACACACACACACUUGGAGACGGACCAGCCAGAGACCAUGGCAAGUUGUUAUUUGCCUUAAAGCAGGAGCUCUGGGUGGGGAAUGCCAUGGAUAGUAUCAUCUCUUGAGAGCUGUCAAGACGUCGUCCAACACCAGUGUUAAUUCACCAAAGCUGCUUUGAACAAUGUGUCCUACAACGAGUAGGAGUUACCGCUGUAAUUCUAUUGUGGUUCUGGAAUGAUGGACUUUUUUAGAACCGGAGCUUCCCCAUUCAGUCAAAGGGACUAUCUGUGACCCCAGUCAAGUUGAUGCCAGUCUUUGUAACCGGGCCAUGCCCAAAUCCAGAGCUCUGGACUCUGUGGCGAGCCUAACUCCUCCCUCUCCGGUCCAUAGAAUGGAGCGCUAUGCCGUCAGUGCUGCCCUCUCUUUUAUAAAGCCUGAUCUGGUGGCUAGGAGGGCGGAUGGAAACUUUCCCUCCUCCGGUGUUCACUCAGCAUCACACACACUUGGAGGUUACA